AUGGCCGACGACGCGCAGCAUGAGCACACCUUCGAGAGCGCCGAUGCCGGUGCCUCCACCACCUACCCUAUGCAGUGCUCUGCUCUGAGGAAGAACGGUUUCGUGUGCAUCAAGAACCGCCCUUGCAAGAUCGUCGAAAUGACCACCUCCAAGACCGGCAAGCACGGUCACGCCAAGGUUCACUUGGUCGCCAUCGACAUCUUCACCUCCAAGAAGCUUGAAGAGCUCUGCCCCUCCACCCACAACAUGGAUGUCCCCAACGUCCGCCGCCAGGAGUACCUCCUCGUCGAUGUUUCUGAGGAUGGCUUCCUUUCCCUCAUGUCCGACGAUGGCUCCACCAAGGACGACGUCAAGGUCCCCGAUGGUGAGGUUGGCGACAAGAUCAACAAGCUCUUCACUGAGGAAGGCAAGGACACCAGCGUCAUUGUCCUCACCGCCAUGGGUGAAGAGGCUGCCAUUGACGCCAAGGAGGCUCCUAAAUAA